CCGUCGAAGACGCGCAUCGGGAGACCAAGUCUCCUUUCACUUGUUGUAAAGGCGGCUUUUCUCACAAGUGGAUAAACGCAUAACCAUUUCCUCCAAACGAUGCGUAAAAGUAGCCUAAACCCGACACAUCUGGAACUUGACACAGCAGUGUUACUGGACUGAGUGUGAUACACAGACCAGAUUGUAUACCAUGCGAGGCACUGGACAAAAUCACCACUUUCUCCGGAGAUAGCAACGCUGUUAUUUCUUAAACUCCUGGAACGUCUGGACGAGGACGUCGCGGCCGUGUGAGAGAGAGAACCAUGCUGCUGCCGGGCAACGAAACGGGCUACGUCUGGACCGAGUUAUUAAACACCGGCAACCUGACGGCGUGUGCCGGUGAAGAAGACCACGGUGGCCCGGAGGCGGUGAUUGUUCCGGUCAUUUUUGGAUGUAUAUUUUUCCUGGGUGUCGUCGGGAACUCUCUAGUGAUGAUUGUAAUAGGGAAAAUCAAGGCCCGGCGCAACAGAAGUACGACAAACAUUUUCAUCCUCAAUUUAAGUAUAGCGGAUCUAUUGUUUUUGGUAUUUUGUGUCCCGUUCCAGGCUACUAUAUACUCCCUACCUGAGUGGAUAUUUGGAGCCUUUUUAUGUAAAUGUGUUCACUAUUUAGUGAUGGUGUGUAUGCUGGUGAGCAUCUUCACGCUGGUUGCCAUGUCAGUGGACAGGUACAUAGCUGUUGUACACUCCAAAAAGUACCCCUGCAUUCGCAACAGGAGGAAUGCCCUCAUAGGGGUCUGUGUGAUUUGGGCACUAUCGUUCAUAUUCUCUAUACCAGUGGCGCAACACCAGAUACUUACUGACCACCCGGAAGCGCCGAACAGUUCGUUCUGCUGGGAAGCGUGGUACGCAAGCGCUUCCAAACACACCUACAAAGUCACUAUUUUAGUCAUUGGCUAUCUGUUGCCGUUGGGGUUGAUCAUAUGCUGCUAUGCGAAGGUGUUAUUCCAUCUCCACAAGAAGAUGAAGAAUAUGUCCAAGAAAUCAGAACGCUCAAAAAGAAAGACAGCCCAGACGGUCCUCCUGGUGGUCGCAGCCUUCCUGACCUGUUGGAUGCCUCAUCACAUCAUCGCCAUGUGGGUGGAGUUUGGAGUGUUCCCGCUCAACGACGCCUCCUUCGCGUUACGGAUCAUCUCCCACUGCCUGGCGUACGGGAACUCCUGCAUCAACCCCAUCCUGUACGCCUUUCUGUCAGAGAACUUCCGGAAGGCCUGUCGCCAGGUGUUCACCUGCCGGUUCCUCUAUCCUCCACCCCCACAGGAGAAGGUGGUGCGAAUCCGAAUGGAGAACUUCUCAACUACACACUCUAUUACCACUAAUAUCUGACACCACACACUAUAUUACCAGUAAUAUCUGACACCACGCACUUUAUUACCACUAAUAUCUGACACCACACAUUCUAUUACCACUAAUAUCUGACACCACACAUUCUAUUACCACUAAUAUCUGACACCACACAUUAUAUUACCACUAAAUCUGACACCACACACUCUAUUACCAGUAAUAUCUGACACCACGCACUUUAUUACCACUAAUAUCUGACACCACACAUUCUAUUACCACUAAUAUCUGACACAUCACACUCUAUUACCACUAAUAUCUGACACCACAUGUUCUAUUACCACUAAUAUCUGACACCACACCACACACUCUAUUACCACUAAUAUCUGACACCACACACUCUAUUACCACUCAUAUCUGACACCACACACUCUAUUACCACUAAUAUCUGACAGCAUACAUUCUAUUACCACUAAUAUCUGACACCACACCACACACUCUAUUACCACUAAUAUCUGACACCACACAUUCUAUUACCACUAACAUCUGACACCACACACUCUAUUACCACUAUAUCUGACACCACACACUCUAUUACCACUAAAAUCUGACACCACACCACACACUCUAUUACCGCUAAUUUCUGACACCACACAUUCUAUUACCACUAACAUCUGACACCAAACAUUCUAUUACCACUAAUAUCUAACACUACGCAUUCUAUUACCACUAAUAUCUGACACCUAACAUUCUAUUACCACUAAUAUCUGCACUAUAUUACCACUAAAUCUGACACCACACACUCUAUUACCACUAAAUCUGACACCACACACUAUAUUACCACUAAUAUCUGACACCACACACUCUAUUACCACUAAUAUCUGACACCACACACUCUAUUACCGCUAAUAUCUGACACCACACACUCUAUUACCACUAAUAUCUGACACCACACAUUCUAUUACCACUAACAUCUGACACCACACACUCUAUUACCACUAAUAUCUGACACCACACCACACAUCCUAUUACCAUUAUAUCUGACACCACACACUCUAUUACCACUAAUAUCUGACACCACACACUCUAUUACCACUAAAUCUGACACCACACCACACAUUCUAUUACCACUAAUAUCUGAGACCACACAUUAUAUUACCACUAACAUCUGACACCACACCACAAAACUGGGACAAGACUGGGACUGGGACAAGACUAGGGCUGGGACAAGACUGGGACAAG